GGACGGCCGGGCCACUAAUUGUUGCCGGAGUUAAAGAGAGAAAAAAAAAGAGCCGGUCCGGGAGAGGCAGCGGGCGGCCGGGCCGGGUGCCCAGAGAAGGCAUCUCCUGCUCCAGUUUCCGGACCUGGGAGCUAAUGGAUUGCUCUGAGAAUGGAAAAUUUUGUACUCAAACGGGCUCCCAGCAGCACAGUUGCUCCUGGAAAGAAGAAGGUAUGGAACUGGGUUUCCUACUUAGAAGAGGAACGGAUGCCAGCUGCUCCCCUAAAACUGUUCAGAGAGCAUCAGUCAUUCCCUGAAGGCCGAAAUGGAUUUAAAGUUGGAAUGAAGUUGGAAGGGCUGGAUCCUGAACACCCCUCUCAAUUUUGUGUUCUCACAGUGGCUGAGGUCCAGGGGUACAGGAUGCGAUUACACUUCGAUGCUUAUCCUGAGUGCUAUGACUUCUGGGUUAAUGCUGAUUCCUCUGACAUCCAUCCUGUUGGCUGGUGUGAAAAAACAAGUCGAAAGCUUCUCCCUCCUAAAGGUUUCAAGGAGGGAGAAUUUAAUUGGACUUCAUAUUUGAAGAACUGCAAAGCUCAGGCAGCUCCAAAAAGCCUUUUUAAGACCCUCAACAGUCCUGUCACACCCUCUGGUUUUCGUGUGGGAAUGAAGCUAGAAGCAGUGAACAAGAAGAAUCCAUUUCUGAUGUGUGUUGCAACCAUCAUGGACGUGGUGGAUAACCGUCUGCUGAUUCGUUGUGACAACUGGGAUGAGACUUACGACUUCUGGUGUGAAGCUAGCAGCCCAUAUAUCCGUCCUGUCGGCUACUGCCAAGAAACUGGAACCCCACUGACAGCACCACCUGGAGAUGAUUCCAAAGCCUUCUCAUGGGAGAAAUACUUAGAAGAAACUAACUCCCACGCAGCCCCAGCAAGAGCAUUCAAACUGCGUCCUGCUCAUGGAUUCCAAGUGAAUAUGAAGUUAGAGGCUGUGGACAGAAGGAAUCCCAUCUUGAUAAGAGUGGCAACAAUAGUUGACAAAGAUGACUAUCGCAUUAAGAUACACUUUGAUGGCUGGGACCAUCAUUAUGACUUCUGGGUCGAUGCAGACAGCCCUGAUGUCCAUCCAGUAGGCUGGUGUGCAAAAACUGGACACGUUCUGCAAAUGCCUUUGGGUGCUGUGGAUGAAGUGGGAGCAGUGGGACAAAUGUGUCCUACUCCAGGCUGCCACGGGAUCGGUCACGUCCGGGGACCACGAUACGGAACACAUUAUACCUUGGUUGGCUGCCCAUAUUCUGAUGUGAACCUCCACAGAGAAAACUUGUUACAGGACCGUCUGAGUGGGGAGAGACCUCCCCCUGGCAACAGCAUGCAGAAAGCCAGGAGGCUGGAGACUCCUACCCCAUUCAUUUUGGGAGGAGAGUCUUCUCAGUUGGACUCCCCACAAUCCAGAAAAUCUGCACAAGACAGUGAAAAGUCGUGUCAAAGCAGUGUUCACAGUCUGUCAGAGCAGUCUGAAAACAGUCAAGAGAGAUACUGGGCAGAAGAGGAUUCCUCUGCAGACAUCAAGGCCAAGCAGAAAAAGCUCGAGUGCUUGCACCCCUGUGUGAGCUUCCAGAUGGUGAGACAGGAAAACAAUAGAAGAGACCUUGAUUUGGAUCUCCAACAGGCUCUUCACCAGUCCAUCUUCAUGCCUUCCCUGGCCUCUAACCCGACCCACCACCUCCACCUCUUCUGGGAGAAGCACUGCAAGCUCUUGCCAGAGGUCUCGGGCCUCACAGCCAAACAUGUGGCCAAAUGGACUGUGGAAGAGGUGGUGAGCUUUAUCCAGCGUUUACCUGGUUGCAAAGAACAAGCAUCUGUCUUUAGGGAAGAGCUGAUAGAUGGUGAGGCAUUCCUGCUCCUGAACCAGAGUGACAUCGUUAAAAUACUCAGUGUCAAGCUGGGUCCUGCCCUGAAGAUCUACACUGCCAUCCUCAUGUUCAAGUCUGCAGAAGACAACUAAGAGCCCUUCAGCAGAGCCUCUGAGGAGCUGUCAGGGAUUGGAUCUUCAGCUGAGAGCAUCCCAGUGUCCCCAACAGGCAGGUUUGGGAUUCAGAUGUAUUUUAAGUAGAAUUUAUGAGAAAUAUUUUGAGGACAUUAAACAAAACCAAACCCUCCUGCCACAGUCUGCAAUAUGGGGCAGCUUCACUUCCAAGAAGAGGAUAUUGUUAUAUUUUGUAACUGAUUUUGGUUUUGAUAUAUCAAUCUCGUUUUGAGAUCUAGAAGAAACCUCCAGUUCUAAGGGGAAUCCAGGGUAACAUUGGUGGAGCUGCAAUAGCAAGAAGAAAGCUGUGAGUGAAGUGAACUGCUGUGGCCAGUGGUAGUGCCUGAAAGAGAGACUGAGUUAUCACCAGUGUCUUUGGUAUAUUCUGUGUGUAUAAAAGCUCCAGAGAGUAAGAAAAUAGGGAAAGGAUGCACUUCAGAGCAACUCACCUGUAUCCUUCAGUGCUGUGACUCCAGCGCUGACCUUUUCAGGACUGAACUUUGAAUUCCACUGAUCCUGCUUGUUUGAUUCCCUUGGUUGCCUCCAGCACAGCAGAAAGGUGCUGUGGGCAAAGGGUUUCCAUCAGAGCAAUAUGUUCUCCUCCAAGCCCUGUGUAGAUGGGCCUUGGGUGGGCAAAGAUCUCUCAUAAACUCAUCUCCCCCAGGAGACAAAGGUAAAUAUUUCAGCUGUAAUUCUCCCAUCAGGGCUUUUGUGCAACUGCUGUCUGGACCAAGAACACCUUAGGGCAAAAUGACACAAUGGGGAGCACUUGGGAAGUUGAUGGGCUCAUUCUUAUCCUCCCCUCUGUCAGCCAGAUGCUGGGACUAUGAGCCAGGAAACCCAGCAGUGGCCAGCACAUGUGUACAGCUGCAAACAGAUCUCCUAGAGUUUGCUUUUCUUUUUGAACAACCAAAAGUCAUGAAUGGCCAGUGCUUCAGCCUCUUCAGCCUCCAGGUGAGCUUUGGGCUCAUCUACCCAAGAGCUGAUGUGCUGUAGCAGCAGGGCACCAGCUCCCCUGCCUCUCUAGGGGCCAAGGCAGGCAGAGCACCCAGGGAAGUUUGAUGGAGGGUAUUUGGGGUUUGAAAAGACAGCAAAACAAGGUAAGAAUUACUUCUCAAGAGAGAGAGGCUCAUCUAUGUCAGGGAGGUAGCAAGGCUUGUGGCUACAUUGCUGUGCAUGCAGUCUGGGCUCUCCUGGAGGGAGGGGAGCAGGAUGUUGCCUGCUGUGCUCAGAGGUAGCGCCUAGUUUUAUGAACAUACUCUGGGAUCUGUCAUGUCCUGGCUGGGAGAUUUCCACACCCUGACUGCCAGAGCCAUCCUCUUAGCAUGGAGGUGCUGGGGGAGUCCUGCUGGGGCUCUGCACAGUGUUUCCUUUCCUGCCUGGUAGCAUGCCAGCUCCCCUGGCCACUCUCCCUGGUAGACAUUUAGCUGUUCUGAAGUUUAGCUAGAACUAUCUCAGUUAGGGAACCUUUUCACCUCUCAUAUGGGGUGAAUCCUGUGUGUGUGAAGCUCCCCAAGUGCUGUGAGUGUGCACACACAGUGCUGCCAAAGGCAGGUGUGUCAUCAGCCUCUGCCCAGGCUUGCAUGAGUUUCUCAGGGCAUUGCAUGAUGAGAUGUGACCCAUCCACAGACACCCCAAACUCCCCCCUGUCCUUGGAAUCCUUGUCAGCAGUGUUGUUACCUUAGUCCCAGCCCAGCAGCUUCUCCCACAGCCAUUGGGAACUGAGAGUGAACACGCUCUGUGUGUUCUGGAGACACAAGGAACGUAUUUGAUCUUCCUUUCCUAGUCACUCCAUGUCCUUUGUCCAACCUUCCAGCUGCUGAGAGGGUCUUUGUGACUUGCCUGAAGUAGUAAGUUCCAUGACAUUGUCAGUAGAGCAGGAUCCACACCACUGAAGCCAUUCAGUCCUGGAUUAAUAGAUAGAACAAUUUAUCUCCAUAAUUUCUAUUUUUGUAUAAGAUAUUAAGGAGUUUAAGGCUUCCACAGAGAAGAUGUAGAGCUGGUGAGAUAUUUAAUAGCUGAAACAUUAAAUAUCAGCCAGGCAGCUUCAGGAGAGUGAUUUAAUGCAGUGUUAAGGACUAGACAAGAUGUGGGUUUCAAUUUAUUAAGGUCCAUUUUGAGUAUGACAAGCAGGAUCCUCACCAAAGACUCACAUUCCUCUGUCCCACUCUGCAUGUCCAACAGCAGAGUAAAGACUUGAAUUGCAAGUGACUGUGUCCUGCACUCUGACACAACUUUGCCUUCCAGGCAAAGCAAAAUAGUUUCCUGACAACUGGAGCAGAGGAUUUGUAGCUGAACUGUUUUGUUCCUGGCUCUCUCCACCCAUUUGCUAAAUAACCCAGAGCCCUUCUUUGCUCCAGUUUCCCCCUGUGUGACACCCAGCCAGGUGGAGUGAGUGCAGUUUCUCCUUGCUCUUGUUUCUAGCAAGCAGGUCCUGCCAGAUUUUCUGUUUUACCUCCUUCCUUUGGGAGAUGGAGUUGGGGGCCAGCAGAUUGCCUCCAGCCAUAAAACAUAAUGCUAUUGCAUCUCUUGUACUAAAUAUAGAUGGAGGAGGAAGAGAAUUGGUGAAACAAGCAAUGAGAUUCUAGUCACUGAAAUUAUUCAAACAGGGAGAAAUCUUUAAUCCUAGAGGCUUCCAAGCCAGCUGGAUCAAAGAGGAAAAUGUGUACUUGGAGUUUGUUCAGUGACAGUGAGAGCAGUGUGUUCAGCAAGGAGGAAGGAGGAACCCUUUUAGGGACAGAAGGAAGAGGAAUGUGCUUCUUGUGCCUUUUUUUAUAAUCUGAUAAUUGUCUUUGCAGAGCAAGCAAGAAUGUGCACACAUCUAUCCCUGCCUCCUUUGCCAAAUAUAGCUGUGUUCUAAUCAAAUCAAGCAACUUCCCAAUAACACAAGGGCAGAAAGAUUUCCAGUGCCUUCACUGGACACAUUUAAAAUCCCUUUAAUGUUACAAGGCAGGAAAAACAAGGACUGGAGCAGCUCAUCUUUUAGCCCCAUAACUUGGGAGCUCAUGGUUUUUGUCGGGAAGUGCCGUGUUUCUGCUGCCAGAUGCUGCCUGUACAAACCCCACUCUGCCUCUUCCCAGUCCUGCCCCAGGCCUGUGGCAGUGUGAGGGGGUCUGCAGAUGCCUUUGAUUGUCUUAAUGCCUUGUUGUCUAAUAUGAAACAUGCACUUUGAAGCAGAAAGCCAAAAGUUGUAGCUGUGUGGUGAGCAAAGCUGAAACUGGUUAAAACCACCUGGUUUUAGGAAGCUUUUGUUGCCUGCUGAAUGUCAGCAGAAACCAGCUGUUGGCCCAGCUGAACCCAGAAGUCACUUAGACAUAGGAAUCUAUUACUUAUGAAGCAACCUGGAGCUGUGACAACUUCAGUACAGUUGGGAAGUCCCAGUUCUCAAUCAACAAAGAUCUUCCCGGAGACGUGUUUGUUCCUGUAUCCUCGUUCUCCAAAUCCAAACCCAUUUGUUAUUUCUCCUGUUCUCCUCAGUAGAGAGUCCUGUUAAACUUUUUUCAGUGUUAUCACCAACUCUCAUCCUUGUAAUCCAGUAGCAGCAAGUUCCUGCCCUGGGUGAUGAGUUGCAUUCAAGUGAAACAGAAGCAUUUGGCAUCGCUGACAGCAAAACUCUGCAACCAGGGAGGGGGAAAGAGGGGAAAAAACCAAAGCUGAGGGGAUAAGCUAGUUCAGCUGUAGAAGAUUUCCUGCCUGCUACUUUCAUGCCCUGCUUAGGGAUUUAUACCACAGAAAGCUUUAAAGUUUCUGACAUCCUCUCUGUCACGUGGUGAUCUGGCUUAGUUUGGAAACGCUUGUGACUUGAACUGGAAACACGUGCAGGGGAAGGGAACCGUCUCGGUCCAGCCUCUGAGCUGCUUGCCUCUUGUAAAACAAACAAAUCCUUGAGCUUUCUUGUGUGACACCAGCCAUGGCCUUGCACUCCACUGAUGCUUCCUUUUGGAAAUGUGAAUAAAAGUAAUAUAAGUUCAAA